UUUUUCCCGCGCGAAAUGUUUACAGAAAAAAAUUCAAAAAAUUUGCCCUAACCCGCUCUCUCAAAAAAUUAUUCUCCUAAACCAAUAAAAUGAAGAAAAUUGAAGCAAUUCUCUGCAAAAUGCAGAUAUGGUUGGAUGUAAUAACAAUGGCGAUGCCAAUAGCAAUUCAUUCUCAAAGACAAUUUGCUCGAUCUGCUACGAAGAUCUCAAACCCUCAAUCGAAGACCUACAAUCCAUCUCCAUCUGCGGCCACGUUUUUCACGAGCUCUGCCUUCAGCAAUGGUUUGAGUACUGCCCAAAUGUGAAAAAGAGGAGUUGUCCUAUAUGCAAACAAAGUUGUACCAAUUCGAAUGUGGGCCGCCUCUAUUUUCAAUCUAUUGGCGAUUCAAAUGAUUCUAGUUUAUCUCAAAAGCCAUCGAAUUACGGGGAAAAUCCCGAUGAAUUGCAAAAUGAGGUCAACAGGUUGGAGGGGAAGGUUGUGGCCAUGGCUUCGACUUUCGAGCAGCAGCAGAAAGAGUUGAAGGAAGUUAAGGAUCAGCUCCUCUCGUGUAAGGAAAAACUGAAAGCAGAAGUUGCACUAAAAACUGAAGCUCUGUCUCAGAAAGCAACCAGUCAGCAGUUGCUUCGGGUGAAAUCUGAGGAGUUGGAUAGAUCAAUAUCGGAACAAUUGAGACUGCAAGAGAGAAAUAUUACUUUGGCCAAGGAACUCGCAGCACUUAAACUAGCCUCUGAUUUGGACUUGGAAGAAGACGAAGUCGCGAAGCUUGCUUCGUUAGGAAACGAUGCUGGCAGCAGAGAAACAGUUGAUGUCCUGAAAAAGUCGUUGGUGAUUCGGAACAAGUGUUACAAGGAACUAAUGGCCAAGUGCAGCGUUUUAGGGAGGGGAGAGGCUCGGUGCCUAAGUAAACUCGAGAAAGCUAAUGAAAAGAUAAAGAAGCUCAAGUCGAGAGUCCAAGAACUCGAGACCGCUGUUGAAAUCAAAGACAACGAAGCGUUGAGAUUGCUAAAAAAUCAGGAUACCAAAUUCAAGACCCCAUCACCUGACAGUACACUGAAGAGAUCUGCAAAUCAAUUUGAUUUAGACGAAACUAUCGAUUUGCCAGACACCACAUUUCGUUCGAGGAAAGUAGCUCGGAAAAACCCAGUAGACGAUAGUUUACCUGGAUGUAAUAAUGACAAGGACAAGGACAAGGACACUGUGUGCUCCUCAACUUUUGUGCAAGGAUUCUCAGACAAAAAAUCGACGCCAGUUACAGACAAGAAUGUCUAUAUGGAGAGAUGCCAUGUAGAUUUUGAUUCACAAAACGAAGUAGAAACAGUAAGACACGGCAACAAAGAUGGAGUGUCUUGCUCUUGGUCUAUGAAAAAAGGUGAAAAUAGGGAUCAGACGAAUAACCUGCCUGCUAAUAUAGACGACGACUUGAUAUGCUAUGGCGAAAGAAAUCCAAUUCAAGCCUCACUUCAUGUUAGAAACGAGAUUAGUUCUUCGACCUCAGUUCCUCAACCUGGCGACCAUUGUUUUUCGGGUGGGUUAUUGGGCCCCGAUGGAACAAACUGGCACUUAGGGAAAUGGUGCAAGAAAGCUCAGAACAUCAAACCAAAUGCAAUAACAGGUGACUUGAUUGCCGUUGGAGCUGACGGAAGAGGCGGCCGAAUCAAAGUUAUGAGAUCUCUCGAUGAAACAUCAUCGGAUUCGAAAGAUACUUCAUCUUGGGUAAAAAAGUGCAAACUUGGUGCCAAACCAAACAAAUUGAAGCCUAAAGGACACUUGCAGAUCGAGCAUUUCUUUCGUAGGACAGGUCAAUGAUCAAAUUAGAUUAGUGGAUAUCGAAAUUUCGUAUGUGUUACAAUUUCGAAUUCCAGUUUUUGACAAAACAAAAUUUUUGAAAUUUGGAAUGAAAAACUCGAUCGGAAAUUAUCUGGUCGGACCGUUCCGAUUUUAACGACAAUUCCAGGGGUACAAAUGCAAUUAGAUUAUUUGGAGACUGA